GGUACUGCAGGGAUCGGAUUAAAGAGCAUUGCUAGAAAUACCCGGAAGGAAAGCAAACACUAAUAGACAACAGUGUGUGAAACAGAGGUAAUAUAGCAUAACGAUGAGUGGGGCUGUGAAUUUUAAAAACUGUGGCUCUGUGCUGAUAACAGGAGCAAACCGCGGACUCGGGCUGCAGAUGGUCGAAAGUUUGGCGAGUGGAGGUUUCUCACCGGGGAAGAUUAUAGCCACGACAAGAAACCUCACCGGUGCGCAGAAACUUCAGGAACUGGCCCAGAAGUACGCCAACGUCCACAUCGUAACUUUGGAUGCAGUGAAUCAGGAGAGCAUAGAGAAAUGUGCUGAGGAGGUCGGCCAGCUGGUGAAGGAAGAGGGCCUGAACUGCCUGAUAAACAACGCAGGCAUCAAGGUGGUGGCCGACUUCCAUUCUGUCACGGCAGAGAAAAUGAUGGAAAGCUUCCACACCAACGCUGUCGCUCCUCUGAUGAUAACGAAGGCAUUCCUGCCUUUGUUAAAGCGGGCAGCAAGCAGAGGAGCAUCAAGAACAAUGGGGAUCCAGAGAGCAGCCGUUAUUAACAUGUCAUCUCUGCUGGGUUCUGUGGAGCUUAACUGGGGCGAGAAUUCCAACAACUUCAAAUGGUACCCUUACAGAACAUCCAAGAGCGCUCUGAACAUGGUUAGUCGCUGUAUGGCACUAGACCUGGAGCCUGAUGGGAUCCUCUGCAUGAUGAUACAUCCUGGCUGGGUUCGCACAGACAUGGGAGGCUCUGAGGCGCCUCUGAGUCCUGAGGAGAGCAUUGCAUCGGUCUUGACCGUGAUUGGUGGGCUGACUGAAAAGGACCAUGGGUCAUUUCUGGAUUUUACAGGAGAGCAGUUGCCAUGGUGACCUGUUGAUCAGCAUGUUAACAAGCAGUAUGAUUUUAACAACAUCAACCAAAUAAAAUUGUAACAACAGUGUGAA